UGUCGCUGAAGCGUUUCAGGAAGCAGUUAGCCCAACAGUGUUUCCAACGUCCUCUUUAAAAAGGACCCUCAUUUAUCCUGGGGAGCUGCACUUCUGAGAAAGAGUUCCUGAAGACUGCUGCUUCUGACUGUAAGCCAUGCUCCCACGAGUUCUCCAGCGUGUCAGGGAUGGGCUGUGUGUCCUCGGAAUCCGUGUCCCCUCCAUCCAUCGCAGAGGACGUCUUCUUCAGCAUGACUGAGGAAAAGAAUGACUCAUCAGGUGAUACAGAUUCUGAGGACCACACUCUGGAUCUCAACAGCAGCAUCGAGGACAUUCUCUCGUUAGACCCCUCCCUUCAGGGGACAGAAUAUUUCAGAGAUCUGGAGAUCCAUCUUACUGGAAGAACCAACGCCAUGCAGGAAAUGACCGCGUCUGUGAACAGCUGCCCAUGCAACAAGCCACAGAAGAACAAUGGACGCUGUUUCCAGCACAAGCACAGCAGUAACUCUUGCCCGGGCUCCCUUUCUUAUCAAGAGAGUUCCGAGAGCACCAGGGAACCCCGGCAAACCACGGACACACAGGAUUUAUGUGCCUGCGCCGACAGACAAGGUGAUGGCUCUCCUGUCAAUACAGUCAAAUUCCUGGGGGACUCCAAGAAGGAUAUAGCCAUUGAGCCUGAGACAUUUCCAAUACUUCUGAGGACUUUGUCCAACUCGCGGAGACACAGUUGGGAAUACCCUGUAUCGCCAGUGGACCUAGGGAAAAGGUUAAGCCUGGAUGCAUCUGCCAUGGACAGCGAUGGGGAGCAAGGGGAAGCAGACCCUCCUCAGCUGACCGAGUCCUUCACCUUCCCAGAGGGAAGCCCAGCGGGACGGAUCAAUACUGCAGGAGAAAGGGAAGAGAAAGAUCCCCCGCAGGAGUGUCCCAACCCCAAACCAAAGGAUGGAUCGGACCCGGAUGACGCUAGCAAAAGGCUCAGGUCGAAGUCUGUGGUGCUUUUGUCAGAAAGAGUUGGUUCGGCCCGCCUGUCUCGAAGUCUAGAGGAUUGGUAUCCAGCUCCUGAAGAACAAAAAGCCAGAGAGGAAAGUGAAAAGACCCCUGAAGAGCAGUGCCACAUGCUGAUGGUAACACAGGUGUUGCAAGAACUAAAGCAUUACCAUGGAGCAAAGCAGAGGCAGGAGACAGAAGGAAAAGCAUCAUCUUCACAAGACCUGACCUGGUAUGAAUUUCUCUCUAAUGCAAACAAAGAAGAGGACAAGACAGACAAAGUGGAGAAAGGAACCAAAGUGAAACGGAGGCUGAGUUCUCUGAGGAGCAGAGUAGCAGGCUCCUUCCAGAAAGACAAGGGUAAGAAUCGAGAAAAAGAGCAGCAAAAAGAAAAGGAAAGGGAGAAAGAGAAGGAAAAAGAACCAAAAGAAAAGAUGCAACUGAGAAACGGGCACCAGCUGGUGCCGGGCACAUUCUCCAGCUGUACCACUUGCACGUUGUGUGGCAAAACACUGCUGAGAAAGCCUGGGCUGCAGUGCAUGAACUGUGGCGUGAAUGUCCACAAGAGUUGCAAGAACCUGCUGGGUGAAUGUAGCAGCAGUAAACUUAAGAGAGAGUCCCAGAGAAACCAGACUCCUGGGUCUCCACAAAGCACAGGACACAACCAAGCCGGCUCGUUUCUGAAGGAACAGCCCCGGAGUGCCUUCUCGGGUCCUGAUGGCUCCUGUGCUUCCUCACGCAGUCAAGGCAUGACCAUCACACAACGGGGAAGCAACACUCAGCCCACAACCAGCACCUCUGCCACCCACUCCAAUACAUACGGAUCAAUCACAGGAGAGAUGGAAGAGAUAGAUGGGUUUAUAAAACUAAAGCAACAGUCAGAAGAUGCUGUCUCUCUGGCUCCGUCCACAACAGAGUCCAUUGUAGUCGAAGAUGCACAGUAUGCAUCUCUUCGGGGGGAGCUGGAAGUAGAUGCCCAGGACAUUGAAGCAGAAUCAUGGAGUCUGGCUGUUGACCCCGCGUACUUAAAGAAACACCAGAAGGAGGCGGUGAAGAGACAAGAUGUUAUACAUGAGCUGAUCCAGACUGAGAUGCACCACGUCCGGACGCUGAAGAUCAUGCUGAGCGUCUACGUGCGAGGAAUCAGGGAGAACCUGCAAAUGGACGACAGCAAGGUGGAGAAAAUCUUCCCUUGUGUCGAGAACCUCUUGGAAAUCCACAGACUGUUCUUAUCCCGGUUGAAGGAAAGGCGGAAAGAAUCCUUGGAGGAAGGGAGCGACCACAACUACGUCAUUCACAGGAUAGGUGAUAUCCUGGUGUCGGAGUUUUCUGGAGAGAUUGGAGAGAAAAUGAAGGAGAGCUACGGGGAAUUUUGCAGUCAUCACAGUGAAGCCGUCAACUUUUAUAAAGAGCUGCUACAGAAUAACAAAAAGUUCCAGAACUUGAUUAGGAAAAUCAAUAACCUGUCUAUAGUAAGGAGACUAGGAGUGCCGGAGUGUAUCUUGUUGGUCACUCAGCGCAUCACAAAGUAUCCUGUAUUGGUGGAAAGAAUUAUACAGAACACGGAAGUUGGUUCAGUAGACCACGAGGAGCUGACUCGAGCUCUGGGCCUUAUUAAAGACACCAUCACACAAGUCGAUGCUAAAGUCAACGACUACGAGAAUAAAACAAGGCUUAAAGACAUUGCCAGCAAAAUGGAGCCCAAAUCUUCUGGGAAAUUCAAAGACGGGCGCUUGUUUCGCAAGGAGGAGAUACUGAAUGGGAGACGACAGCUCUUACGUGAAGGAAUGGUUUAUUGGAAAGCUGCUUCGGGGCGUCUUAAAGAUAUUCUGGCUGUGCUUCUUACUGAUGUGCUUUUGUUAAUACAAGAAAGGGACCAAAAAUAUACAUUUGCUACUGUGGAUAGCAAACCGUCCGUGAUCUCCCUGCAGAAGCUAAUUGUGCGAGAAGUGGCCCACGAGGAGAAAGCCAUGUUCUUGAUUUGUGCCUCCUCGGCAGAGCCAGAGAUGUAUGAAAUUCACACUACCUCCAAAGAGGAGUGCAACACCUGGAUGAACUUAAUUCGCCAGGCGGCAGAAAGUUGUCCUGAUGUAGAGGAAGGAGUUUCAAGUGACCCGGAGGAAGAACGCAGACUGGCUGAGGCACGAGCCCUUAAAUUAAAAGAAUUCCAAGAGCGCCUAAUGUCUAAAGACAGACAGAUUGUGCAGAGCCUGAGUGAGAAGCUGCAGAUCUUCACUGAGAUCUCAGAGGUGAUGAGCGGGUUCGAAGACUCUACUCAGGGGGCGCGCUCCCGGCUGCUGGUGCGUGGAGACCCCUCUGACACGCUGCUGGGGGAGCAGCUGCUCAAGGGUGCCGUCACUGAAGUUGAAAAUCUUCAGAACCUGCUGAUUUCCCAUGGGAGGACGAGCUGGCAAGCUGAAGACGGACUGGGGUCCUCAGGGUUACCACGACGAGCAGAGACAUUCGGAGGAUAUGAAUCCAGCCCCACUGUUGUGAAUAAAAAUGGCAGCAUGAAGAAAAAGUCUUACACUGUGUCCUACACUGGGGAACACAAGCUAAGAGAAAGGAGAGGCCAGCUGACAAGCUAUGACCCCGAGCUGCAGGACCUGUGGGGUGAUGAAGCAGCGCAACAAAUGGCUGAUGAAGUACCAGAAAAAAGUUGGCAUAAUGUGUGGAGCCCUCCCUUUCACGAAUCGGAGUUUAUUCAGUGUGUGCAGACCUUGUCACAACUGCUUUACAGUCUUCAGGCCAUCAUUGCGCAACAAGACAGCUACAUGGAGCUCCAGCGAGCGUCUCUGCCGGACCGGGACAGGCAGAACCGACUGCGGGGCAACGGGCUGCUGGAGCAGGAGAAGCAGCGCAAUUUCGAGAAGCAGCGGGAAGAGAUGGCCAACUUCCAGAAGCUACAGAGCCAGCUGCGCCUGGAGCAGCAGCGCUGGGAGCGCGACCGGGAGAAGCAGCGACGGCUGGCCGAGGUGGAGGAGGAGAGGCUGAAGGAGCGCGAGGAGGAGUGCCGGCAGCUCCAGGAUCGGCUCCGGAAGGAGCACGAGGAGCUGGAGAAGCAGCGGGAGAAGUACCAGCAGGACCUGGAGCGCCUGCGGGAGUCCACGCGGACCGUGGAGAAGGAGAGGGAGCGGGUGGAGCAGCAGAAGUGGAAUCUGAGGAAGCUCAAGACCAUGUCCUUUGCACCAGACACGUCACAGGGCAAUAACCGCAGUCAUUCCAUCAGUUUUAAUGGAGAUGGGUUCCUGAACAGUGAAGGCGCCCCUCAGCUGCCAGGGAAGCCACAGGGCCGUUCGAGUCAGCCUGUGGCAGGGGCAGAUUACCUGGAGCGUCCAGAAGUCUUACUGAGGCGAGAGAACAGCACGGCAGAGGCCCGGCCCUUGAUGAAGUCCGAGGUGCCCAUCCACCUGAUCAGCACCACCAACCAGCUCCACAAGCAGACUGGUGUGCAACAACGCAUCCCCACCAAGCUGGCCCUCCUCUCCUCCAAGGGCAAAGACAAGGGCAGCAGAGGCAAGGGAUCCCACAGAACGGAAAGCGCAGCUGCAGACCUGAGGCAGUUGCUACCGCUCAGACUGUCUGGAAAGGAGGACGGUACUUUAAAAACGAAGAGGUCUGCUAGUCCAAACCAAAACUUCCAACAAGAACCAGCAAGCCCUCCAGACAGCCUUCCCGAUACCACUCAUCUGCACCCACACGGUAUGCAGAAACAGAACCACCAGGGAUCACCACAGGCCCUCUCCCCACAGCCCAGCAUCACUGAAGAGGUGACCAAGGAGGACGUCAUCUUUUUCUAGUCCACCCUCAGGAGAGAGAUUUCUGGACAGCUGGUCGCACAUUAGAAAGAUAGGCAUUGAACAUAAUUUAGCUACUGUGGAGGAAGGGCAAAAAAGUAAAAGGUGAUGUAUUUUAAAACUUAAGGUACUUUUGUUUUUAAACUGCAUAGAAUGUAUUUUAAUUUUGCUAAUAACCUGUGUUUUUUAAUUAAGCUAGUGUAAUUUUAAUCUUGAUCACUAGCCCAUAGGUGCAGUUACCCCUGUGGUUCGUUGCAUGAAGAGAUUCUAUUAUUUUUAUUUUUUUAAUGGUUAAUUUACUUGCAUUUCCAAAGACUAAGACUUCCUGAUGCAAACGAAACAGGUGGAGUUAGCUGUAUUUGGCUCUGUGGGAAGUGUUUGAAAUAUUUAAAAAAAAAACAAAAAAAAACCACACACACUUGACAUUGAAGCAUUAAAACACUGCUGUGAGUUCUUGUUAUUGUUGAAUAUAUGUGCUGCACUGGUAAUCGUUCUCAAUAACUGGGGAGGACUUCAAGGAAAGUACGUGCAGUGAGAAUACGUUAAGCUCUAUGCUUGGAGAUCCACGCUUAUUCAUGUGGUAGACAACCGUCACACAAAACAUGAAAAGGCCAGCAGCACCACAUUGUGAUUUGGCUCUGAAAUUGGUAAAUCCGCUUGGGUUCGCCUACAUUCAGUCAAGCACCCAGCAGAAAGCUGUGACCCCAUUUGUAUCGCUCUGAUCGGUCUGCGUGACCAGCCUUGGUCAAGGGACAGUUGAAAGGAGUACAGGUUUAGCGGAUCAGUCCUGCUGCUUUAAACUUUUAAAGUGCUUCAGCAGGGCAGUACACAGCCUCACACUGCCUGACAAACUACUUCUAGAUACGACGGGAAGCACUUGGUUUGACAAUUUAACAGAGGGCUUCUGAAAUACUGUAGUUUUACUGUUCUGUAAGAAAAUGGUUAGCACAUUGUGUUCUAGCCCAUAUCUAUCAUGCACAAAUCCAGACUGCCAAUCCUUACGCACAUUUAUAUGUGUAGAAAUGUGUCAUUUAUUUAUACAAUACACACGCACCACUCCCCUCAACUUAACAGUGUAACUUCAUGCCCAAAUUAUUCAUUUAACUUCCUUAUGAAAAGGCCAACGAUUCUACUGUACUUGGUUCAAGUUUGCCAAAGCUGCAAUACUUUUUUUUUUAUAUAUAUAACUGUAUAUUUAGUUAAUUCUAUUUACAACACGGGGCAUUGUAGUAACACCCUAAUAUUGCUAUUUAAAGGGUCUUUUAAAAUAAAUGUUAUCUCUGUGCUUGGAUGCUCUGCAUGUGUUUAAAACAGCAACCCACUGCACAGCUUCCAGGGCUAACAGCAGUGCAUUCUAGUAGGGCAGUGAUCACACCCAGAAAAACUUCACGGGACACAGUGGUGCCUAAAUAUUUAUGUGAAAACUGUACAUAUUUUUUUUUUUUUCCUUAUUUAUUUUCUCUAAUAGAAUUGUACUUUUAUUAUUGCUCGUUUUUGCUGAUUUUGUUAUUUGGUUACUGAUACAGACGACUAGUAAAUGCAGAAGUGACUGCAAACUUCCUGAAUUAAAAUAUUAAAAGGGUGAUUGGAAUAUACUAGCAUUCGCUACUUAAAGCAAAGGUAGAACUAGAAACAAAGCCGAGUUGCUAACUGAUUUGUACUCCUACCCCCCAAAAAAGUGUCGCCAAAGCUUUUAGUAGUUCCAAUACUGUGGGUCUUAAAAUGCUUGAAAAUAUAAGCUGAAACAGUUUUACUAAAGGAAAUUGGUAACGCUUUGUUUUAUCUUUUGAAUAGAAUCAUUCCUUGUAACUUCCAAGAAUAAUAUUAUCAAACACACACAUGCACAUAUAAAUCUUCUUAUAGCACCUUGUUGCAGUUUUCAGCAUUAAUAGUUGUGCCAUUGUGUACUGUCAAUAAAUAGUGGCUUUUUUUUAAAUUUGUAUAUUAAUGCAUUUUUCUGUUUUUUUUUUUUGUUUUUUUUUUUUUUUUUUUUUAAAUGAAUUGUUGAGCACUUUAUAACAUUUCUGCAUGUGAAGUACUGUUCUUGGGGCGCACCCUACAAAAGCAGCAGUUGCGUUUUUAUAUAAAUAAAUAUAAAAAAAAAAAAAAAAA